AAGAAACAUUACUUUUGAUCGUCGGUGCUUUCGUAUUUCUUUUGAUUGCGACAUGGAAUUCUGUCGUAAAGUCGAUUCAAUCAACCUUUGAUUGAGCGACUUUCAACAAAACAUUUUUUGUUAAGGGAAGAAUUUUGAAGGCGACAGAAGAAGGCAAUCAAAUGAAGUGAUGGACUUCGUCGAGUAGUAAACCGCAGGCCAAUUUUCAGCUUUGAUUUGUGCACUCUUCAUCGACCGUGUCGAUCACGGGCGUUUUUGUUUCUUUACGAACCUUUUUUGAUUGGAGAAAACUAUUGCCAUCAUGAAUGUCGUCACAGUCUAUCAAUUGUUGACGAUCCACGUUCAUCCUGGAAACUACCAGACCUGUCCAGGUCGUCUUUUCCCAUACUGGUUAUCAAUUGUCAUCCGUGUGUUAUUACUCUCAUCUCUCAAUGAUGGCGUAUCUUCAACUACUAACCGACUGCCCAGCAUACAUACGACGGAAGUUGUGGCUCUGGUGAGAGGCGUAGCUGAACUACCUUGCGAUGUGACUACUCCCGAUCCUGACGAUCCUGUCCGCCUAGUUUUAUGGUACCGUUUCGACUCAGCGACACCAAUCUACAGUGUGGACACGAGAGAUUCGGAUUUCGGGGUGGCUGAGCAAUGGUCGGGCGGAGAAAUCCUUGGCCAACGGGCCACAUUCAGAGCGGAUCGUCAUCCAGCGGCGCUUAUACUGACCAACGUCAAAGCCAAGGAUGAGGCAUUGUAUCGCUGUCGUGUUGAUUUCCGUCUAGCGCAGACCCGUAAUGCCCACGUCAAUCUCACUGUCAUUGUGCCACCGAGACGGCCAAUCAUCGUGGCCAAAGAAGGCCAGCUGACAGCCUCGUCUACGCUAGCGCCGAUGACAGCUGGCCAAGCCCUUUCGCUCUCGUGCGAAACAUCUGGAGGUAAGCCUCUGCCACGUUUAGUUUGGUGGCGGGACGGACGCGUGAUUGACGAUUCGUUCGUGACGACCUUUGACAACACGAUACGCAAUGAUCUGUGGUUACCAUCACUUGACCGCAGCGAUCUGGACGCCACGCUAACGUGCGAAGCCUCCAACUCGAACUUGACAAUGCCCGUCUCGACGAGCGUUACCAUCGAUCUCCACAUGCCACCGUUGAGCGUCCAGCUCCUGGGCGCCGAUCAACCCCUUUCGGCCGGCAAGGAGGUAGUCCUGACGUGCUUAGUUGUUGGUUCCAGACCGCCUCCCGUCCUCACCUGGCAACUGGACGAUCGUAUCCUCAGCGAAACAUUGGCUCAACCGUCACCGAGCUCGGGCUGGAAUGAAACGAAAGGGAUCAUACGUUUCACUCCGAUGGUUGAAGAUCGCGGCAAGAGACUCAGUUGCCGGGCCAAAAACGUCAACAUCAGCCGAGUAAAUGAAGCUGGUGUCGUCAUUCUCGAACCGCCAGCGGGACAACACAACGCUGGUUACUUUCCCGAACAUUACAAAGAAGACGCUAAACAUCUCGUCGUCUACGCCCGACCGGAUGUGCAGCUGGCUCUUGGAUCCAAUCUAAUGGCUGCCAACAUCAAGGAGGGCGACGACGUCUACUUUGAUUGCCGCGCUUCUGCCCUGCCGCCCGUGACGCGCCUCGAAUGGUUUCACAACGAGAAGAAACUCAAUCACAACAUCUCGGCCGGCGUCAUCACGACCAACCAGAGUUUGGUGUUGCAGCGCGUGGGCCGCCACAGCGCCGGGCGCUACCGAUGUUCCGCAACCAACCGGGAAGGAGAAACGGAAAGCGACGUCUUCCAUCUCAAUGUCAAAUACGCUCCGUUUUGCCGUUCUGGCCAGCAUCGAGUCUACGGAGUGGCGCGUCACGAAGAGGCUCGAAUCAGCUGCGAUCUGGACGCCAAUCCGUCGACUUCACUCCACUUUCGUUGGCUGUUUAACAGCUCAGCGGGCGUGAUCGAGCUACCAGCCAGCACGUGGACGGCCGAAGGUUCGCGUAGCGUGGCCCGCUACCUGCCAAGCUCCGAUCUCGAUUUCGGCAGUCUACUCUGUUCCGCCUACAAUAGCAUAGGCCAACAGUCUGUGCCUUGUCUCUUCCACGUUAUUCCAGCCGACAAACCGGACCCAUUGUCCAACUGCAGCGUCAGCCACCAGUCGUCCGAGUCUCUGCAGAUCGCCUGCAGCGAAGGAUUCAGCGGCGGACUGCCGCAGAAUUUCCUCCUGGAGAUCUUCACCAUCGAUGGCGCUUUGGCCGGCUCGACUGGAACACCCCAAGAGACUGCUUCGCAACGCCCUCUCGUGCCCGAGUUAAAAACUUUUAAUCAGACUUCCAUGAAGCCCGUCUUUGUCGUACGCGGACUGGACGCCGACACGACAUACGUCGGCCAAGUCACGGCCGUCAACGCCAAGGGACGCAGCGAGCCGCUCGUCGUCCGCAUCGUCACGCUCCGACUGCCCGAGACUCGGAAUAACAUCGGCUCGGGAAAAUCAGAAGUGGAUCCGCCACGACCGCAGCCAUCAUCCAGCAGCCAAAUUAGCCCAUUAGUGGCCAUCGUCACUGGUGUUAUCUCCGCUCUGUUCUUAUUGGCUUCGCUCUUGGUGGUGGCUCUUCGCCUCCAAUGUCGUCGAGCGCAAUUGAGGGCGGCUUCUGCAGCAGCCGUCGUUAUGUCCGCAUCGUCCGGCGCCCUUUCGAGCGGACACCGUGGCUCCGUAGUGGGCGGGGCGUCCGGCGGAGGAUCGGAGACCUUGCUACUGGUCAAAUCGGAACAGCUGCACGCUACAACAGCGCCGCUCUUUAACAACUUGACCGACUCAGACGAUCGCAAUCCCGAUCUCAUUCCACAUAGGGACGACGGGGAACGUCUGCAAACGGCCGUGAUGAUGACGACGACAACAGCGGGAGGUGGACCGCCUCUGGCUGCUAUGUUGACCGACUUGCCUCCGCACUUCUGCACGCGCCAAUUAGGCGUUACGAUGAUGCAGGGUUCCUCAGCCACGCUCGGUCGUGGUAAAACUCGAUGGAGAAACGAGCAAGACGAAUUUAUCAGCCAAUCGCUGGUGCACGUUUCAUCAACACUUCCCCGACCGCCACGACCUCCAUGGACGAAUUCAAACCACCACAGCAUCGCACAGCGUUUCAACGUAACAGCUCCGCCCUCAUCAUCAUCCGCCGGCGCAAAUGGAACGCUAGCCGCUAGCAAAAAGAAAGAGAGCUCUGUCUGAAUGAUUGAAAGGCAUUUGCAAAAAAAAAAAAAAAAAAAAACUAACACAAGACAAAAAAAAAAAAAAAGGGGCGAUAUCUUUCAUCUAUUCGUAGGAGGAAAGGAAGAAAAAAAAAUACAUGCUGAAAAGGAGGGAGAAUGAAAGAAGAGAACAAUGUGCAUCAUUAACGACUCGCGUGUGUUCUGUUUCGUCCCAUCAAGCGCAGCCAGCGGAAUAGUUUCUUCUCCUAUACCAUUUUCCAUUUUCUCACUAUCCGCAACCAUUCCUGACCCUGGUGCGCUCCCGUUCUCUCGCUUGUGCGUACAAUCCGCAGAAAGCAAUCAAAGAAAAUAGUAAUAGUCUGUCUGGCACGAUCAAAUCGAUGACACAGCCAGACGUUUGUUCUUUUAUUUCAUUUAGUUGCCUGCCAGUUGAAGGCACACAGCAAAUAGAUGAGAAAAAAAAAGGGGGAAGGAAAGAUAAUAGAAAAUUGUAAAAUAAAUCAAUGCGAAAUAAAAGAAGGCACGCUUAAUGAUACACGUCAAAUACAUACUGUAUACAUAACUAAAACAGCAGAGCUUAAACGAAAAGUUCGUUGUCAUCGUGAGAAAAUAUCAUGAUUUGACCGGUACACAGUUAAAUGAGGAUUGGGGAAAUGAAACGUGUUUUUUUUUAUCACAACACGAACCAAAUACUAUAAUUUGUAAAGAAAAAAAGAAUGAAAAGGGGAUCUUAAAAAAUUGUAUAUUAUUCUCCUGUACUUUGUUGACUUGCUCAUUCCUACUGUACUGUCUUUGUUAUGAAAGCAUUCCUCAUCUUGUAAUUUUAAAUGGCUUCAAAACGUACCGGAAAUAUGUGAAUUAUGCUCGAAACAAAAAUACCCAAUGCCCAAAACAUUCAACAUCAGGUUACCUUGUUCUACGAUCUGUUUAAAAACUCCGGCUUUGAGUACAUCAUCAACGUCUUUUGAUUGUUUGUUAAUAAUCCAGCACCCCCCGUGUCAAGUACUCCUCUUUUUAUUCCGAAAGGCCAACAGUUGUUUGAUACGAUCGUUCAUCGUCCCGUUAGAGGUUCAACCUGCUGGAACUUUGACGAUGUAACGAUGGCAAAAAGAAAAAGAAAAAAGAACAUGCAAAUGAAAUAUGACAAGGGAAUAAAAAAAAAUAUCAUUGAAAUAAAAAUGGCCCCUGGUGUAUUUAUAAAUUGGCUGUGUAUUUAAGUCGAUUGUUAAUGGGUCUCUUUGUAAUUUUCUUCGUUCAAAUAGACUACUAUGGAAUCCUG